ACAAAGCCGAGAGUCCCGACUUAGCCAACCAAAUUGAACAAUUUUAUUUUAUUUUUUUUACAAGGCAGGGAAUGCUGGAUGGGGAGCAAAAAGUCACGUUCUAAUGCGAUCAGCUUUCUGGACUAGGACUAGGCUUUCCCAAGAGUAACACGGCAACACCCUACAAAGAGGGUAUAUAACCGCCCCAGAGAGGCCGGGAGAACCCAGAACCCUAGCUUCCUGCUCAGCUCCACCGUCCUCUGCUAGCAUCAUGGCCACCCAGACCUGCUCCCCGAUCUCUUCUGGGUCCAUCAAGGUCCUCUGUGGCCCAGCGGGCGGGCUCUCUCGGAUGUCCCCCGUCCGCUCCAUGGGCUCCUGCAGGGGUGCUGCGGGCUCGGCCUCCUCCGGCCGGCUGGGCCUCUCGGGCCUGGGAAGCUGCUUGCCCAGCUCCUGCCUGUCCUCCGGGUGCUACUCCUCUGGCUUUGCUGGGAGCGGGACCUGGCUCUGCGAGGGCUCCUUCAAUGGCAGCGAGAAGGAGACCAUGCAGUUCCUGAACGACCGCCUGGCCAACUACCUGGAGAAGGUGCGGCAGCUGGAGCGGGAGAACGGGGAGCUGGAGUGCAAGAUCCGAGAGUGGUGCGAGUGUCAGAUCCCGUACAUCUGCCCCGACUACCAGUCCUACUUCAAGACCAUCGAGGAGCUGCAGCAGAAGAUCCUGAUGACCAAGGCCGAGAACACCAGGCUGCUCCUGCAAAUUGACAACGCCAAGCUGGCUGCUGACGAUUUUCGCACCAAGUACGAGACGGAGCUGGGCCUGCGGCAGCUGGUGGAGUCGGACAUGAAUGGGCUGCGCAGGAUCCUGGACGAGCUGACCCUGUGCAAGGCCGACCUGGAGGCCCAGGUGGAGUCCCUGAAGGAGGAGCUGCUCUGCCUCAAGAAGAACCACGAGGAGGAAGUCAACGCACUCCGUUGCCAACUCGGGGACCGACUGAAUGUGGAGGUGGACGCCGCCCCACCAGUGGAUCUCAACAAGAUCCUGGAUGACAUGAGAUGCCAGUAUGAGGCCCUGGUGGAGAAUAACCGCAGAGACGUGGAGGCCUGGUUCAACACGCAGACCCAGGAGCUGAACCAGCAGGUGGUGUCCAGCUCGGAGCAGCUUCAGUGCUGCCAGACGGAGAUCAUCGAGCUGAGACGCACGGUCAACGCCCUGGAGAUCGAGCUGCAGGCCCAGCACAGCAUGCGGAACUCCCUGGAAUGCACGCUGGAGGAGACCGAGGCCCGCUACAGCUCGCAGCUGGCCCAGAUGCAGUGCCUGAUCAGCAACGUGGAGGCCCAGCUGGCCGAGAUCCGCUGCGACCUGGAGCGGCAGAACCAGGAGUACCAGCUCCUCCUGGACGUCAAGGCGCGGCUGGAGUCGGAGAUCGCCACCUACCGCUGCCUGCUGGAGGGAGAGGACUGCAAGUGA